ACACCCACUUCACACCCAAUUCACUCUCGCUUUGGGGGGGCCACCGACACCCGUUUUCAUUUGUAUAAUCUGCAGUCUUUCUCCCUCUCUCUCUCUCUGUACUUCCGGUCCAGUUGUAUCCAAACACCCCCCCCCCUAACGCCGCAUAUACCUUAAUAUACCCUGCGCCUCGCCUACACACGCCAACGCCAUCAUGCGCUCUGCAUUCUUCUCCGCCUCGCUGGCGGUUGUCGCCACCGUCACCGCCCUGCCCCAGGAAAUCCCCUCCAGCAAGAUCCUCGCCCCGGCCCUGCCCGUGGACAAGUUCAAGCAUACCGAGUUCCCCGAGCCCAUUCCCCUCGAAGAGGCAAAGGAAAUCUUCAACAACUACACAGCCACCCCGCCCGGCGUCGCCACCACCCUCUACUCGUACAAGACAAACCACGAACUCGUCAAGCUCGCCCAAAUCGCCGCCCAUGUCAUGUCCAAAGUCACCGAGACGGUCAACAUCAACCCCCCCAAACUCCAGGCCCGCGCCACCUGCUCCAGUGUCCGCACCCGCAUGGAAUGGGACUCGUUUCCCGACUCGGGCAAGCAGCAGUUCGUCGACGCCAUCAAGUGCUUGAUGGGCCGCGCUCCUUCGGGCCAGUUCUCAAACGCGCGCAGCCGCUACGAGGACUUUGUUGCCCUGCACCAGCGCCUCACCCCCAACGUCCACCAAAACUCAAAGUUUCUGCUGUGGCACAGGUACUUUCUCUGGACCUUUGAGUCGGUCCUGCGUGACGAGUGCGGCUACCAACUGUCGGUGCCGUGGUUCGACGAGACGCGCUAUGCUGGCCGCUUUGCCCAGUCGUCCAUCUUCUCCGAUAAGUGGCUUGGUGGCCUGGCCCUGGGAGGAGACUGUGUAAGGAAUGGCCAAUUCGCCAACCUGAACCUCAAUGUUGGCCCUGGCACCGAUAACCAGGCCCAUUGCCUUGCCCGCAACGGCAACGGCGGCUUGACCGCCUACUGCAAUGCCGAAUAUGUCAACCAGUGCAACGCCUACACCGACUUUGCUGGUAUGGCCUUCUGCGCCGAACGUGGCCCUCACGCCUUUGGCCACAACGGAGUCGGAGCCGUCAUGCAAGACGUCUACGGCUCGCCUGGCGACAUGUUCUUCUACAUGCACCACGGCUUUGUCGACCGCAACUUCCGCAUCUGGACAAACGCCGACCCUAGCCGUGUACACACCAUCAACGGAAACGACAUCUCCGGACGCCCACUUACUCUUGACGACACCAUCAACGUCUACGGCAUUCGCCCUGAUGUCCGUAUCCGAGACGUCCUCGACACCACUCAGACGCUGUGCUACAAGUACAACUACUAGACCUUUCUUCUUCCUCAUCCUGCUCUUCUUCUUGCCUAGCGUGCCCCGUGCACCUAGACUGUUUAUAUUCCCCUCCCCCCAAAAUCCUGUGUAGUUAGAGAUACCUUUUGAUUAUCCACU